AUUUUUGAGGCGGGCACCCAACCUCAUGCCCCGUAAGCCAGGAGUGGGGGUAAUGCUGUUACCAGGACUCAAGAUGGCCACCGCGCCCGCUAGCCAGCCCACUAGCCCGCGCGCCAGCGAGCCGGCACGAGACACACGGGCGGCUUGCAGCUGCCCGCGGCCCCCAGGGCUGGUCUCCGGCCCCCGAUCGGGGGCGGAGCGCCCGCCCCUUCCGGGCGCGGCCAAUCAGCGCGCGCGGUCGGCUCGGCGGGGGCCGCCCGCGCGCGGGGUGUGUGAGGACGCGCUCUCGGUCGCUGAGUGCCUGAGCCCAGGAGCGGUGGCUGUGGUACCUGCUGCUGCCGCCCGUGCGGACGCAGAGCAUCGGACGCGAGCGCUCUUGAGCGUGGGGCAGGAAGGUGAAGCCAUGACGUCCAUCAGUGAAAAUAUUCUCUUUGGAAUGGGAAAUCCUCUUCUUGACAUCACUGCUGUAGUGGAUAAGGAUUUCCUUGAUAAAUAUUCUCUUAAACCAAAUGACCAAAUCUUGGCUGAAGACAAACACAAGGAACUGUUUGAUGAACUUGUAAAAAAAUUCAAAGUUGAAUAUCAUGCUGGUGGCUCUACCCAGAAUUCAAUUAAAGUGGCCCAGUGGAUGAUUCAGCAGCCACAUAAAGCAGCAACAUUUUUUGGAUGCAUUGGGAUAGAUAAAUUUGGGGAGAUCCUGAAGAAAAAAGCUGCCGAAGCCCAUGUGGAUGCUCAUUACUAUGAGCAGAAUGAGCAGCCGACGGGAACGUGUGCUGCGUGCAUCACUGGUGGCAACAGAUCCCUUGUAGCUAAUCUUGCUGCUGCCAAUUGUUACAAAAAAGAAAAACAUCUUGAUAUGGAGAAAAACUGGAUGUUGGUAGAAAAAGCAAGGGUUUAUUACAUAGCAGGUUUUUUUCUCACAGUUUCCCCGGAGUCCGUAUUAAAAGUGGCCCGCCAUGCUUCUGAAAAUAACAGAAUUUUCACUUUGAAUCUGUCUGCACCAUUUAUUAGUCAGUUCUUCAAAGAACCGUUGAUGAAAGUUAUGCCUUAUGUUGACAUACUUUUUGGAAAUGAGACGGAAGCUGCCACUUUUGCUAGAGAGCAAGGCUUUGAGACUGAAGACAUUAAAGAAAUAGCGAAAAAGACACAAGCUCUGCCAAAAGUGAACUCGAAGAGGCAGCGAAUCGUGAUUUUCACCCAAGGGAGAGAUGACACUGUACUGGCUACAGAAAGUGAAGUCACUGCUUUUGCUGUCUUGGAUCAAGACCAGAAAGAAAUCGUUGAUACCAAUGGAGCUGGAGAUGCAUUUGUUGGAGGUUUUCUGUCUCAACUGGUCUCAGACAGGCCCCUGACUGAAUGCAUCCGUGCUGGCCACUAUGCAGCAAGUGUCAUAAUUAGGCGGACUGGCUGCACCUUUCCAGAGAAGCCAGACUUCCACUGAUGGGAAAGCAGGCAACCCCAGCCCAGGAGUACAGACUGCCCUGAUUGCUUCCUGAGAAUUCCCAUAUCAAUAAAGAAGAAAAUUAUCCGCCACCUUUCCUACUAUCAUAAUGUUCAUUCUUAAUUUAGAGGGUACAGUAAUGCUCAGUGGAAUCUUUAUUCUCUCAACAACCUAAAAAAUGAGGUUUAUUUCCAUAGUUUGAUAGUGCCACUUAAAUGUCAGUUAAACAAGGAUAUAACAUUUCAAUAGAAAUUUUUAUUUCAUUUUCAAUUAUUUUGUAAAUUCAUGUGUAUUUAGCAAAGUGAUCAGUUUUUUUACAUACAUUUCUGCUUUGAAUGCAGAUGCAAUUUAAUAUAAUAGAUUUUUUAAAGGAAUUAAUGGUAAUACAUAAAUCUUUAGCUUUUAUACAAGUAUAUUUAAUUCAGGAGUGUGUGUGUGUAUACAUACACAGAUAUCUCAUAUAUGUACCACAUGUAUACAUGAUAAAUGGUCAAAUAAGGUACAGAAAUAUUUAUCUUGCCAAGUUAUGCCAAAUCAUUUCUUCAGUGUGUACUCAAACAUGUAAUAAACUUUGGAUAAUUAAAUAAUUUGCCAAAUUAUAAGCUAUAUUAUAAUAUUCAAAUCAUAAUCUUAUAUUUACUUAUGGUACUCUGUAAUUUGAUACAAAUAAAAACAUAUCAUAUAGGACUUUUUUACUUUCUUUGCCCUGUGCUCAACAAACUAGGGAAGAAAUACCAUUAUUUAAUCCUGGGCCCCAAAACAGUACCUAAUUUUUUGAUGGAGAUUGAAAGAACAACAUAGCACAUUGAAAAAUAACUUAGUAUUGAAGACCAAUAAGCCACUGUUUUAAGGAAGUCAGAAUGGUAUAAUGGAACCUCUGGAGUCAGGCUUAAUUACCCUUAAAUGACCUUGGGCAAAUUACUCAGCCUCUGAGCUUCAGUUUCCUUUCUAUAAAAUGGGAUCAUAACCCCUAUGUACGAGGUCAUUGAGAUGAUUUGAGAGAAUAUCGAGUAUAAAAUGCGUGUUACAAGCCCAGUAAGUGCCUAGUAAGAACCUGCUAUUUUUAUCACUAUGAUUAUUGUUGUUGAAGAAGAGAGAGAUCAUAGUUAUAAAACUGGAUUCAAACCAUAGAAAGGGGUUCAGGCUUUUGUUUCGUUUGAUGUUUGAGUAAUCUUCCAGGUCUCCUAUGCUUGCUUGUCUUUAUUAUUAUUGAGAUAUAAUUCCUUUACCAUGAGAUCUUCCAUCUUAAAGUAUACAGUUCAGUGGGUUUUAGUGUAUUAACAAAGCUGUGCAGUAUCACCAUUAUCUAAAUCAAGAACACUUUCAUCGCCCCAAAAAGAAACCCUGUACCUCCGAAUUCACCACACUCCCCUUCCUCUGGCAACCAUUAACCUAUUUUCUGUCUCUGUUGAUUUGCCUAUUCUUGACAUUCAUAAAAAUGGAGUCAUACGUGUACUUUUGUGUCUGGCUUCUUUCACUCAGCAUGUUUUCAAGGUUCACCUAUCUUAUAACAUUUUCAAUAUUUCUUUUUAUUGUUGAGUAAUGUUUCACUGUAUGGAUAGACCAUAUUUUGUUUAUCUACUCAUCAGUUGAUGAAUAUUUCAGUUGUCAACAAUUUUGGGCUAUUAAGAAUUAUGCUGCUAAUUAACAUUCACGUACAAGUUUUUUAUGUGGAUGUACAUUUUCAGUUCUUUUGGGUAUAUACCUAGGAGUGAAAUUGCUGGGUCACAUGGUAACACUUCACUUUUUUCCAAAGGGACUGCACCAUCUUGCAUUCUCACCGACAAGGUUUGAGGAUUCCAAUUUUUUCACAGCUUUGCCAAUUCUUGCUACUCUGUUUGAUUAUAGCCAUAUUGGUGGGUACGAAGUGAUAUCAUUGUGGUUUUAAUUUGCAUUUUCCUGUUCACUAAUGAUACUGUGCUUAUUGGCCAUUUAUUUGUAUUUUUCCUUUGGAGAAAUGUCUCUUCAGAUCCAUUGCCCAUUUUUUAAUUAAGUAAUUUGUUAUUUUUAUUGUUGAGUUGUAAGCGUUCUUUAUAUUUUGUGGGUAUAAGUCUUAUCAGACAUGAUUUACAAAUAUUUUCUCCCCUGUGGUUUGUGUUUUCACUUGUUAGUGUCCUUUGAAAUGCAAAUUUUUAAAAUAUGUAUGAAAUCCAAUUAAUUUUUUUUCAAUUUUUCUUUUGGUUUCAUAUCUAAGAAACCAUUGCCUAAUUCAACGUCAUAAAAAAUUACAACUAUGUUCUCUUCUAAAAGUUUUAUAGUUUUUGCUCUUUGAUCCAUUUUGAGUUUAUUUUUGCAUUUAUUUGAGAUAAGAGGUCUAAAUUAAUGAUCUUGUUUGUGGAUAUCCAGUUGUCCCAGUACAUGAUUGAAAAGACUGUGUUCUCUACUAUUGAAUUAUCUUGGCAUCCUUGUCAAAAAUCUAUUGCUCAUAAGUGUGAAGUUUUACUUCUGGAUUCUCAGUUCUGUUCCAUUGGCCUGUAUGUCUGUGUGUCUAUCCUAAUGCCAGUCCAGACUCUCCUGGUUACUGGAGCUCUGAGUAAGUUUUGAAAUCAGAAAGUGUGAGUCCUCCAACUUUGUGUCUCAACAACAAUUAGAAUUAGUUUAGGAGCUAGAGUAUCUCUAUCAUAUUAAAACUAUUACAGAAUGUCUUUCUCUCAGAUCAGUAGACGGGACUUCUCUCUUUUUUUGUUGUUAAGAAAAUCUCAUAAAAAAAGAACUAUUGAUCAAGUACCACUCACCAGGUAGGCUUUUAUGACAGUCCCUGUUUAUAGGCAGUUUCAAGGAAUGCUCUCUGGUACUAAUUAACAUGCACAAAGAUUGUGCAACUGUCUUGUAUUAAAAAAAAAUAAUCAUUGGAAUACAUGUAUUUUGUUCUUGGGUUUACGGCAUGUGUUUAGUUCUCUGUUUUGGUACAGGACAAAGGAAAAAUAUUGGCUAGCAUAGCUGACCACGUCUCUGCAAAACUGCCUCUAACUGAUUGUUAGGCAUUCCCCUCUAUGGCCUGAGUUUUUCCAUCUUGGAAUGAGGAGUAGUUAACCUAGUUCCAUUUUAUAGCAUCUUGGUUUAAUAGAUAAUUGAGGGAAAACUUAUAGCAUAGGGAAAGAACAAUGAAGUUGUCAAGAAGAUGUGGGUUCUGCCCCGAAGCUGGCUUCAGAUAACUGAGUGACCCUCUUGUUCUAUGUAAUUCACAAAUGUAGGUGCUUCAGUUGUGACAUCCCUAAAGAAUGCUGUGUACCAGAGGUUUUAACAAGAUCAUCUCCCUGUAUGUGGGGAAAGAUGACUCUUACCAGAGGAGUGAGCCAGAAAGACUGAGGUCAUUCAUUUGUGUGUCACAGUUGGAUAAAUGAGGUGGGCACUAGAGACUGAUAGUCAGGGGUGAGCUCUGGUGAUCUGGAGAGUUAGAAUAUUGAGGUCAGCCUAGUCUCAGCAAGUGAUCAAGGGUUGCUGAAAGCUGCUUCCACGUGGUAGAAAAGAAGGUGGUAUCAAACGUGGAGACAGGCUAGGUGCCCAAAUAUUAAUAUGGCAGAAUAGAAGGGAAAGAAGAAGGAGCAGGAGUGGCUAUUGAGUUUUCUUCUAGUUGUUAUGUCUGUCUUCAUGAUAUGUACCUUUAAGUACUGCUGUAUUUCUCUGAGUCUAACUUUCUUUUUAGAUCAGAGUGAGAGAAAUAUAUUCUUUAUCUUAAAUAAAAUCCAGGCAACCUUGGCUAAAAGCUAUUAUUCUUACCCACUUUUGUAAAGCAGAUAUUAUGCUUUUUUCACUCUUUCAAAAAGAGAUGCAUAAUAUAGAUUGUUUUGGACAUAUACAAGCCUACAAAGAAAGCAUGUGUGUGGGCGAUAGUCUAAAAAUACAACCAGUGUUGAAAUAUAAAAACAUUGCACUUACUCAUUUCUGUUAUUCUGCCACUCUUAGGGAAAAAAGUGUCUAUUUAAUAAUAUUUCCACUGGAUAAAAUAGGUUUAAAAUGUAAACAAUUUCUUUUUGAUUCAGUAUUCUGUGUUCAAGUCCUUGGCUUUGUGUCUCCUUGGUCAAAUUCUUGAACUGCCUUGAGCUUUAGUUUUCUCAACUGUAAAAUGAGGAGAACAUCCACCCCCAGUGACAGAGUAAGAGCAAAAGAGAGUAAAAACACUUUAUAAAUAGUAAAAUAAAUUUAAAUAUUAAGCAGUUUGAUAUUUUAUAAAGGCACUAAAGCAACUCAAUAGGGAAAGGAAAAUCUUUUCAAUAGAUGCUAUAACAACUUGUAUCUUUUUGGAAAUUUAACAUUUGACCCCUUACCUCAUACCAUACAUAAAAAUUAAAGAUGGAUCUUGGCCAUAACAUAAAAACUAAAACUAUUAUGCUUCUAGAGGAAAACAGCUUAAGGGAAGGCAAGUUUCUUGGAGAGGACUUUGAAAGCAUUAAAUAACCAUAAAAGAAAAAA